AUGCCAAGACACAACAAGCAACCUCCUUUGCGGACCCUCCAUUCUGGCCUCGAGCAGAUGGAUCCUCCGGCUACCAGCCGCAAGCUGGUGAUCAUGACGGUGGGGGCGGUGUCGGCUCUGGCCAUCAGCGUGGUGGGGGUCCUCGUGGCCACGUACCUCGGACGGGCUGCGUGCAUGCCGAGAGACGCCUACGGCUACCUGCCCCCACAGGUGAACGUCCAGAACGAAGCCUCCCUGCUCCUGGCUCUCAGCGAACUGGGCGAACAGGGCGUGGCCCCGGGGGUCACCUGCGACCUGAGAAACCACCUGAUGGUGUAUCACGGCCAACCCGAAGGCUGCGUGGCCCGGAAAAUGGAAGCCUCCGAACCGCUGCCGUCUUGCCAGGAUCUGGAGGGUUACUUCCAAGCGGUGCUGAGAAAUGCCACGCUGGGCAUUACCACAGAGGUGCAGCUGGUGGGCACCGGCUCGCUCGGCAGCCUGACCACCCUCCUGUGCAGCAACAAGCCCACGUACCUGGUCAACAGCUCUGCACAAAAUGUUUUGCACCCUCUGUGCCACCCAUUCAGUGGGGAACGAGACGUGUCGGCAGGCGAGCAUCAGCGUCUCCAAGGCCUGCUUAAAAGAGCCAUGAAGACCACCAAGCAGACACCCGUGCCGACACACCGUUCACGAAACCGCAGCUCUCGCCCUGGGGGUCUGCCUGUUCUCGGGAGCAACAGCUGA